CCUUCUCCCCGCUCCCCCUCCCCUCGUUCCCUCUGCACCCUUGCACACCAGAGAGGAGCUUCUGUAAGAGAGGAGUGUGUGGGAGAACAGAAGGAAGAGGUGGCCGUGGUAGUGGUGGGUGUGUGGAAGGACACGUACUCGCUUCUCGUUCUUGCUCUUGCAGUCAGCGAGGGAGCACACGGAGACCCAGUGAGCCGCAGUAAGCGGAGUUCUGCUAGGAAGAUGCUGAAAGUCACCGCUCCCACCUCUACUUCCUCCUCCAGUUCUAACUCGUCUACCUUGUCUGGGAGCUCCUCGGCCACUCCCGACUAUUGGAUCGAUGGCUCCAAUAAAGACUCUUUGGAUGAUUUCUUCGAGGUGGAGACGGAGCUGGGACGGGGUGCUACGUCGGUUGUGUACAGAUGUAUCCAGAAAGGGACACAGAAGCCUUAUGCUCUCAAAGUGCUAAAGAAAACAGUAGACAAAAAAAUAAUUCGAACUGAAAUAGGAGUCCUUCUUCGCCUUUCACAUCCAAACAUCAUAAAACUAAAAGAGAUAUUUGAAACACAAGCAGAAAUCAGCCUGGUUCUGGAAUUGGUCACAGGAGGGGAACUGUUUGAUAGAAUUGUGGAAAAAGGCUAUUACAGUGAGCGUGAUGCAGCACAAGCAGUUAAACAAAUCCUGGAGGCAGUUGCCUACCUACAUGAAAAUGGAAUUGUCCAUCGUGAUCUUAAACCUGAAAAUCUUCUCUAUGCAACUCCAGAACCAGAUGCACCCCUCAAAAUAGCUGAUUUUGGACUUUCUAAAAUUGUGGAGGAUCAAGUUACCAUGAAGACUGUAUGUGGAACACCAGGAUACUGUGCACCUGAAAUUCUUAGAGGAUGUGCCUAUGGACCUGAAGUGGAUAUGUGGUCCCUGGGAGUAAUCACCUACAUCUUACUUUGUGGAUUUGAACCAUUUUAUGAUGAAAGGGGAGAUCAGUACAUGUUUAAGAGAAUUCUGAACUGUCACUAUCGCUUUGUCUCCCCUUGGUGGGAUGAUGUGUCUUUGAAUGCCAAGGAUUUGGUGAAGAAACUGAUUGUUUUGGAUCCUAAGAAGCGCUUGACCACAUUCCAAGCUCUGCAGCACCCUUGGGUCACAGGGAAGGCAGCUAAUUUUGUACAUAUGGACACUGCCCAAAAGAAACUCCAAGAAUUCAAUGCACGGAGAAAGCUUAAGGCUGCAGUGAAAGCAGUGGUGGCCUCCAGCCGACUGGGCAGUGCCAGCAGCCAUAGUAACUAUCUUCAGGACAGCUGUCAGUCCAACAUUACUCCAAUGUCCAAUGAAGACAGUGAGGGGAAAGAAAAUGCAUCUCAAAAGGAAAUAGAAAGUCAAGAACAAAGCUCAGCUACCUCCACUGAGGUAGUAAUUGCAGUAAUAGAAGCUCAAGAUGAAGUAGAAAUAAAUGACAAAGAGGAACCCCAAACAGAACCUGAGCCUGCAGCAGAAGCCAAAGCAGAAGCCCUACCUGGAGAAGGAGAAACCCCGGGAGUCAGUGCGCAAGAAGGGGAAGGACUGCAAGAGUCCUAAAUCACCCCUUCCCAAUAGAGGGCUGAAGCUAGUCACUUUCAUGCAUGGGCUAAUUUUUCCUUCAGCCAGGAAGAUUUGUAAGUGUGACCCUCACUGUAGUGGUUCUAAUUUUGAGGUGCAAAACAGUGUGUAAUAAUGCAUCAGCUGGUGACCCUAACUGUAAUGCAUGUGACUGUUCAUGAAUAGUAGUGUCCUCUAAUGGCAUGUCAUGGAUUACAUGUAAUGUUAUCUAAUAGCAUCAAGUGAAAUUUGACAGUGAGCAAACACAGCAUAAUACUUAAACUUCAUGUGUAUUUGCAGAGGGCAAAACUUAAUGUUUGAAAUGAAUCAUAUUUAUAUUUUCUGUUUGCAAAACUUAGCCUUCUAAGGGAGAUAUCUGAUUUCUUUGGAAUGGUAGUUAUUUCUAUUGGCAUAUUGAUCAUCUGCUAUGUGUUAUCAUGAAACUCUUUAAAUGGUUUUUUAUUCAUAGGUAAAAACUGUUUACAAGAAGAUAGCAAAUAGAUGUACAGUAUAUGCAAAAACAUUCCAUAAAUUCUGGUAAGAAAUUGAAGCAUUACUUUCAAGGGCCAUGAAGCUAUACGCCCCUCCAGCUUGUAUUGCGAAUGCCUUACUAUACCUUUAACUGUUUAUAUACUCUAUAUUACUAAUAACCAAAAAACUCUUUCAUAGAAUUCUGCCAUUUCAGUAUCCUGGCAAAUUUUCAAUACAACUGGGUUGGUCCCUAUUCCCUUCCAAAUCUUCACUUUCUCUUUCAUAAGAAGCCUUUUGAAGAAAAACUCUUUAGAGGGUAAUGAGAAUUAAGCCUGUGUAGAGUAGCAAAAAAUAAUAGAAUCCUUGUCAUUUUUUAAAGAUAUAAUUAUACUUGUCCAGUAGUUUAUAAAACUAUGUAGCUUAAAAAAAAAGCACUGAUUUUUAUGGAUAAAAUCUGUAAUUACCAAGUUUUAAAUACUUAGAAAAAUCUUCCAAGGCUAAAUCUUAUGAAAGUAAUUUUUCAAAAAUAAGGUCAUUAUCAACUUUGCUAUAGCUUAGGAAAUCCUUUUUUUUGCCAUUAAAAGUCAUUUUCCCUUGUUUGUUAAACAGAUAUAACAUUUAUGACUAAAGCAUCUUCAACAAAGGUAUUUUGUGUGUUUUUAUGCUCCAAACUAGUAGUUCCUAAAUUUCACAACAAAGUAUUUUUAAAGUGUCUAUGUUAGAGAUAUGUGACAAUAUACUAUUUUACUUUUUUAUUGAAACAUUGAUCUUAAAUUAGAGAAUUAAGAUCCCAAUAUUCCUUUAUUCUGAUUGUUUUCAUUUUAAAAUAAACUCUUUUUUGGGUUUAGAAGUAUAUUUAUCCUUUUAAACAUAGAUCCCAGUGAUUCACAGAAAUCAGGCUAAUAAACAUGUAUAAUUUUUAAGUUCAAAUUAAAUUUUCUAUCAAGUCAAAUGCUUAUAUAUUUUAUAAGUUUAUUUAUUAUAAUCUAUUAUCUUUCUGGUAAAACUGAAAAAUCAAUUGACUACAAUCAGAGCUGUAAUGAGACAUUUGAGUUUUCAAAUGAUGGUUUAGAAAUUGUUACCCCUGCUCACUGCAUUACUACCACUCACUAGUGGCUUUGAGUUUUCUUGUUAAUAAUACAUAUUACUAUGAAGUAAAUCCCUACAUGAAGAGCAGAAUUUUAUGGCAGUAAGAAUAUGUGUAUUUGUAAAAAGUAAUAUUAAAAGUGCCCCUUACUUCAUAUUUCACCGCAAAUGGUUACAUACCUUUCCUAUCUUUUUAGCUUUUGGUUCUAAGUACAACUUUAAGAUCCUUGUUGAAUGUUCAAAUAAGUUUUCUGAUGUACGUAAUUUUCAUUUCUUUUGGCCCCUUCCUCUACAUUGGAAAAUAAAAGCACUUCACUUUCUGAA